AUGGCGGGCCCGCUGAGCCUGCGGGACCUACUGCGAGCCAGCCCCGACGGGGCGGGCGGGUCCGACGGCCCCGCCACGGCCACGACGGCCUCCCCGGAGCCGCCCUGGCGGGAAGACGAGAUCUGCGUGGUGGGCAUCUUCGGCAAGACGGCCCUGAGGCUCAGCUCCGAGAAGUACUCGCUGGUCAACACCGUCUGUGACCGGCAGAUCUUCCCCCUGUACCACCGACGGCCGGAAGAGGAGCAGGAGCAGGAGGGCGUCGACUACAACCUGGUGCAGGCCUACUACCACCAGGACGGCAAGGUGCUGUUCCUGCUGCUGACGUCCAUCUGCGACAACGGGCAGCUGGUGCGGGCCUGCCGGGCCCUGCAGGGCGACGGCGAGGCCCGCCCGCACGCCGAGAGCCACGAGUUCUGGAAGCAGCAGGAGAAGCUGCAGUGCCUCAGCCUGCUCUACCUGUUCUCCGUCUGCCACAUCCUGCUGCUGGUGCACCCCACCUGCGCCUUCGACAUCACCUACGACCGCGUGUUCCGCGCCCUGGACGGGCUGCGCCUCAGGGCGCUGCCCCUGCUCAAGGCGGCCCUCAAGGACUGCCCCGUGGGCAAGGACUGGAAGCUCAACUGCCGGCCCUGCCCGCCCAGGCUCCUCUUCCUCUUCCAGCUCAACGGGGCCCUCAAGGUGGGGCCCCCGGACCCGGCCCACCCGGACCGGCCCCCCAAGAAGCACUCGCCCAAGCGGAGGCUGCAGCACGCCCUCGAGGACCAGAUCUACCGCAUCUUCCGCAAGAGCCGGGUGCUCACCAACCAGAGCGUCAACUGCCUCUUCACCGUCCCCGCCAACCAGGCCUUCGUCUACAUCGUGCCCGGGGGGCCGGAGGAGGACCCGGUGGGGCUGCUGCUGGACCGGCUGCGGGACCACUGCGCCGCCAGGGACCCCGAGGCCCCGCCGGCCGGGCCCCGGCGCUACCAGGCGGCGAGGCAACAGGGCCGCCAGCCGCCCUCCUUCCACGUGGAGGGCGGCGGCGGCGGCAGCUCCUCCGCCUCCGCCUCGGGCCAGCUGGUCGACUUCACCCUGCGCGAGUUCCUCUGGCAGCACGUCGAGCUGGUCCUCAGCAAGAAGGGCUUCGACGACAGCGUGGGCAGGAACCCGCAGCCCUCCCACUUCGAGCUCCCCACCUACCACCGGUGGGUCGCGGCCGCCUCCAGGCUCUACGAGGUCGCCGUCGACGGGCGCGAGGAGGACCUCCUCGCCUCGCCCGCCGGGGAGCUGGCGGCCAAGGUCUCCGGCGGCGUCAAGGUGCUGGAAGGCUUCUUGGACAUCGACACCAAGUUCUCCGAGAACCGCUGCCAGAAGGCCCUGCCCAUGGCCCACAGCGCCUACCAGUCCAACCUGCCCCAUAAUUACACCAUGACCGUCCACAAGAACCAGCUGGCGCAGGCCCUCCGGGUGUACAGCCAGCACGCCAGGGGCCCGGCCUUCCACAAGUACGCCCUGCAGCUGCACGAGGACUGCUACAAGUUCUGGAGCAACGGCCACCAGCUCUGCGAGGAGAGGAGUUUGACCGACCAACACUGCGUGCACAAGUUCCACUCGCUCCCCAAAUCAGGAGAAAAACCAGAGGCGGACCGAAACCCUCCCGUGCUGUACCAUAACAGUCGGGCCCGUUCCACGGGUGCCUGCAACUGCGGAAGGAAACAAGCACCGAGAGAUGACCCUUUUGAUAUCAAAGCAGCUAAUUAUGACUUUUAUCAGCUUCUCGAAGAGAAGUGUUGCGGAAAAUUGGAUCACAUCAACUUCCCGAUCUUUGAGCCGAGUACCCCGGAUCCCGCUCCCGCCAAGAACGAAUCUUCGCCGGUGCCUCCGGACGGAGAAGCUGAGAAGCUGAAAGAGAAAGAGCCUCAGACCCAGGGAGAGAGCACCAGCCUGAGCCUGGCGUUAAGUCUCGGUCAGUCCACGGAUAGCCUAGGCACCUACCCGCCUGAUCCUCAGGCCGGAGGGGACAACCCCGAGAGUCACGGGCAGGAGACGAAAACCGAGAAGCGGCCGAACCCGAUCGACCGCCAGGCUUCCACCGUGGAGUAUCUGCCGGGCAUGCUGCAUUCAAACUGCCCCAAGGGGCUUCUCCCCAAGUUCUCCAGCUGGUCUUUGGUCAGACUAGGCCCCGCCAAAUCGUAUAACUUCCACACGGGCUUAGAUCAACAGGGCUUCAUCCCGGGGACGAACUACCUGAUGCCGUGGGACAUCGUCAUCAAGACCAGAUCGGAAGACGAGGGCGACCUGGACACCAACUCCUGGCCGGCCCCGAAUAAGGCCAUCCCGGCAAAGAGAAGCGCCGUGGUGAUGGGGAGAGGCAGGCGGCGAGACGACCUGGCCCGAGCUUUCGUGGGGUUCGAGUACGAGGACUCACGCGGUCGGAGGUUCAUGUGCUCGGGGCCGGACAAAGUCAUGAAGGUGAUGGGGAGCGGGCCGAAGGAAUCGGCGCUGAAAGCCCUCAGCAGCGACAUGCCCCUCUACAUCCUGUCGUCCUCUCAGGGGCGAGGGCUCAAACCCCAUUACGCUCAGCUGAUGAGACUCUUUGUCGUGGUCCCGGACGCCCCGCUCCAGAUCAUCCUAACGCCUCAGGUUCAACCAGGCCCUCCACCCUGCCCGGUAUUCUUCCCUGAGAAACAAGAAAUAACUCUUCCACCUGAUGGCCUCUGGGUACUACGGUUCCCUUACGCUUACGUGACGGAGCGGGGACCGUGCUUUCCUCCCAAGGAAAGCCUGCAAUUAAUGAGUUACAAGGUGAUUCGCGGGGUGCUUAAAGCAGUGACACAAUGAGGAGCAUCCAGUCCGAUUCGUCCUAAUCAAGUCGGUCCGGAGUGACUGCUUUUUUGUUGGGGGGCGGAUAUGGUUGCUAUUUAUUUGGAACGGGCUCCCCCACCUUCACAAUAAAGAUUUAAUGCUUUCCGAA